AAAAAGUUAAGCCAAGAAAGAGGAAAGUUCCUUGCUCCCUUUCUUUGUAAAUGACUCCAUCCCCUGUUGUUGCAUGUAGGCAGAGCGGAAGCUACGAGACCUUCGAUUGGGCAACUGGCGUUAAUGCAGAGCACCAAGGCAGGGCCUUCUAAGUCGCCCUUGUCCAGGAACUUCCAUGGCCGCUUUGAGUACGAUGUCUUCUUGAGCUUUCGAGGAGAAGACACCCGCAAGAACUUCGCCGGAUUUCUCCGUUAUAUCCUUGAUCUGAAAGGCAUACGCGCCUUCUUUGAUGAGGAAGAUUUGCGCAAAGGGGAGAGGAUUGAGGAGAUAUUGGAGGCGAUAAGCAGGUCCAAUAUUUUGGUUCCCAUCUUUUCCCAGCACUAUGCUGAAUCCAAAUGGUGCCUCAGAGAAGUUGCUAAGAUGGUGGAAUGUUGCCAUGAUGAUGGCCAACAGAGGCUUAUCGUUCCUGUCUUUUUUGACGUCGAUCCGAAAGAAGUGCGGCAUCAGUGUGGCCCAGUCCAAGCUGCCUUUCAGACGCAGCAGAAGGAAAGGAGGGAAGAGGUAGAAACAUGGAAGAGCGCACUGGAGCACGUUGGAGGAAUUUCCGGCUACGAUCUCAAGGCCUACAAUGGGAAUCAAAGCGAACUUGUCAGUUCAAUGGUUGAAGAGACUCAGACUGUUUUGGCAUCGAAAAUGCCCCUUGAUCAAGAGGAAGAAUAUCUUGUUGGUCUUGACCGCCGUAUAGAAAAGAUUAUGGAGCUUAUGGACAUUCAAGUAAAAGACGUCCGGAUCAUUGGAAUCCAUGGCGUUGGUGGCGUGGGGAAAACUACACUUGCCAAGGCCAUCUAUAAUAAAUGUCAUCACAAGUUUCAGGCGAGUAGUUUCAUUGAAAACGUAAGAGAGGUUUACAAAUCUAAAGGACCAGUGGAGCUCAGAAAGCAGCUUAUUCAGGAUUUUUCGCAUGACAAACAUAAAAUAGAUGAUAAUAACUCAAGUAAAGCGGUCGGAAUGAUUAAACAAAAGGCUAGUAAGAAAAGUGUUCUUCUUGUUCUUGAUGAUGUCGAUGAUAAAAAUCAGCUUGAUGCUUUGGUUGGCAAGAGUGACUGGUUUCAUCCAGGAAGUAGAAUCAUCGUCACUACGAGACAAGCGGAGAUCCUUAAAUCUGCAGGAUUUCAGGAUGGUGCUGUUUAUAUGGUUGAGGAAUUGGAUGGAGAAGAAUCGCUUCAGCUGUUCAAAUAUCAUGCAUUUGGAGAUCAAGAUCCCCAAGAAAAGUAUACCAAGUUAUCCAAGGAAGUUGUAUCAAUUAGCAAUGGGCUGCCAUUAGUUGUCCAAGUGUUUGGUUCACUUUUUAAGACAGCCGAAACGGCAGAGGAAUGUGACGAGUUGCUGAAUGACUUGAGAUCACGACGUCAAGUUAGCGAAGUUCAUGAAAAAUUAAGAAUAUGUUAUGAUAGUUUAAAAUGGAAUGAGCAGUACAUCUUCUUGGAUAUUGCAUGCCUUCUUGUCGGCAAAAGUUCAGAGGACGCCAUCCAUAUGUGGAAGGAUUAUAACCUUUCACCUAAUCGAGCUAUAAGGAGUUUGCAGAACAGGUCCCUUAUUAAAAUCAACAAGGGAAAGUUUGAAAUGCAUGACCAAAUACGGGACAUGGGAAGGCAAGUCGUUCUGACAGGAAGCCCCCUUCCCCCUGAAAAGCGUAGCAGAUUGUGGUGUGAAGAAGACGUGGUGAAAGCUUCAACCAAGCUUCAGGGAAACAUGAUUCAAGGCAUCCUUCUCAACUCACGUGAGGAAAGCAAGGCGAAAUUAAGCACUCAAGCCUUUGAAUUGAUGUCAGAAAUUAGAAUACUCCUUAUCAACUUGUCCAACUUCAGUGACAGUAACUUUCGGCAUCUUCCUGCAAGCUUGAAAUGGUUAGAAUGGAAUGGUUGUCCCUUGGAAACACUUCCACUUGAAAGCAAGUUUAACAGCAUUGUGGUCCUUAACCUCUCUGGGAGUUUUAUCAGCCAAUUGUGGAGUAAAACAACAACAGGGUCAAGCUCACGACCCACGAAAGAGUUGUUUGAUGGACUCAAAGUUCUUAAUCUCUCCUGCUGUGAUUGUCUCGUUGCCACUCCCAAUUUUGCAUUGGCUCCAAAUCUGGAGAAGCUUAUACUUGAUGAGUGUAGAAACUUUAAAGAAGUUGAUGAUUCGAUUGGGUUUCUAAAAAAGUUGGUUUUUCUUAGCAUGAGGGAGUGUGUGUCUUUGGAGAAACUACCCAACGAAAUAUAUGCGUUGAAUUCUCUUGUAGUUUUCAACCUUGAAGGAUGCAGCAAUCUCGUCGCUUUUCCACAAUUUCCACCAACAAAUUCCACUACUGGCUUUUCGAAACUGGAGCAGCUCAUCUUGCGAGAUUGCCAAAGCCUUGAAGUUCCACCUGUCCUUCACAAGUUUCACUCUUUAAGAAGCCUGCACAUAGAUGGCUGCCAAUGCCUUGACCAUAGAAGGAAAUAUUUAUUUGAGGAUGUGGCAUUUAGAGAAUGGGACGAACUCGGCAUUUCUGGAAGUCGAACACUGUCUUUGAAUCAAGAAUUUUGUUUCUUGCUUCCAGUUGGGUCUAUUAAUGAUCCCUUACUUUUAGAGCAGUUACAGUGCCAUGGUCAUGGUGAUCCAUGCGAGAAUGGAACCAUAAAGUUACAUGUUCGUCAUGAAGAUAUGGCAAAUUCUAGGGUCAUCUUAGAGACUACGUAUGAAGUUCACUGUGACAAUUCUGUGUAUAUGGACGAUGUGCAGGAUCAUUGCUAUACAAUCAAUUUUGGUAGGAGCGAUAAGAUAAAUGAGGUCCCAAGGGGCAAAACCAUAAUUAUGAAGGUAAGACCUGCCAACAAUUUUGAGCUAACAAAAGUUGAUGUCAAAGUUCAAAAAAGAAGCAAGUUUAGUGAUGAGAACAUGAAAACAUUCAUUAGCAUAAGCAGAAGAGAUUUUCAGAAUGAACUCUCGAUAUUCUUCAGUCUUCAAGAAGCAGAUGAACUUCAUGCCAUUAAAUAUUCAACGAGGAUCGAGAAACACAAAGAUGACAUGUAUAAGCAACUGAAUGUACCUUGCGGAGAACGAAGGCUGCUUUUUGAUUGGAGUAUAGAGGAACUUAUUAUCCUUACCAUGAUUUUUGGUGAUAUAGAAACUUCAUGGUAUGAGCAACGGCAUGGAACGGGCUUGCCACGACAAGAGACUGCAAUGGUUUUUGACAAAAUAAAAGUUCUGGAUCUCUCUUGUUGUAAGUUUCUUGUCAAUACACCUGAUUUUUCUCAGAUCCAAAAUUUGGAAGAGUUGAUUCUUGACCAUUGUGAAUGCUUACUUGAAAUUGGUGAAUCCAUUGGACAGCUGAAAAAUCUCAUCUUAUUGAGCAUGGUUGGAUGUGCAAAUGUAAGUGUUCUCCCCUGUGGAAUUUUGCAAUUGAAUUCCCUUCAACUACUUAGCCUUGAAGGUUGUUCAAAAAUCAAGAUCCUACCUAAAGCAAGCAUGAUGGAUGUACAGUUGGAGAGUCUACAACGGCUUAUACUUGAUCAUUGCACUUCAUUAACAGAAAUACCAGAUUAUGUUGGGGGGCUCAAGUGCCUUCAUUGCCUAUCCUUGAAAGGUUGUUCCUCACUUAAACAACUACCUCACUCCAUUGGAAGUUUGGUGGUCUUAGAGGAGCUCAUACUUGAUCAUUGCACUUCAUUAAUGGAAAUGCCAGAUGAUUUCAGGGGACUACUCAAGUGCCUACGUUGCCUAUCCUUGAAAGGUUGUUCCUCACUUAACCGACUAUCUUUUUCCAUUGGAAUGCCGGUAACAACACUACCACAUUCACGAGGCAACUUCAAGUCAGUGCAAGAUCUUUCAAACUCAACAGCGUUGGAGGAGCUGAACGUAGAAAACUGCCGGAGACUCACCACAAUCCCUGGCUUGCAGAAGUUGAGAUCACUAAAAGUCCUAUACAUGAAAGGCUGUUGGGAUCUUGAUGUCUAUAUGAUUUGGUCACAGUUGAAGAAGGCAGCAUUUCUUGAUGUCCAGGCAUUCAGCAUCAGUUCCAGAAGAAAUCGGCAUGCUGUGAAGGCAAUAUCUCUUCCGUUUCCGAGAGGAGGGCGCAUGAGGAGCGAGCCCCUGCAACUUGAAAAAAUGAGCGUUUUAGUUGAAAGAACGUCCGUGGAAGAAGCAAUCGAUGCUAGAGUGCUAUAUGUUGGCGUAGCUGUAGGGUCGCGUCUCUUUCAAGCUGCUCCGGCCCAGAUGGCCUUACAAUUAAGGGAGGACCUUGAAGCCCAACUAGAGCAGGCUCCCUACCACCGUUAUGGCCGUUCUUACACAGCUAAGUUUGGGAAGGACGAUGAGAUAAAUAGGCGCUUGAGGGUGGACGCAACAAGUAGUGAUGAUGCCAUUCCACUCACAGGCCUUCACAUGUCUUGCCAAGAUCCAAUGUCCUUGCUUUGGGGAGCUGACAUAUGGUUUCGCACUUGACCCUCUCAUGCAUGCCUGCUCUUCCGUUAGAAACCAUCCUUUAUUGAACCUGUUGCUUGUCUCACUUAAAUGAUACUUUUUUUUUUAUGAUACUGUGCAGAAGCAUCUGCCAGUUUUGAUGGCACCAAAAGUUUCAUGAUCUCAUGAAACGAAUCGUGAGCUUAUGGGAAAAAAAUGACAAGUACUGUC